AUGGCCGAGGAGGGGAAGCACCUGGAGACGGGCCGGGCCGACCGCUCCGUCUGGCUCAUGAAGUGCCCGACCAUCGUCUCGCGCGCCUGGCAGGAGGCCGCCGCCGAUGCCGGAGGCCCCAACCCUAACCCUAACCCCGUCGUCGCCAAGGUCAUCCUCUCCUUCGACCCGCUCAGCACGGACGAGGACCCGAACCAGGCAAGAGUCUCCCCCUUCGCUCCCGUUUCCGUGGCUUUGCCUCCAUCGAAACGGAAGCUUGCAUGCGAAGGAAAAGUCGAGCACAAAUUUGACAUGGAACCGCACAAAGAAAACCUUUCAGACUAUGCAAAAUUAUGCCGUGAGAGGACUAAAAAUUCUAUGAUUAAAACAAGAAAAGUGCAUGUACUUGACAAGGAGCAUGUGAACGUGCGCACAAUGAUUAGCAUGAUUGGUGGCGGGCCUCAUUCUGGUCCAAAGGACAAGAAGAAGCCGGCGCCAACCAGAACUCCUGAAGUGAAAAGAACACGAAGGGAUCGUGGGGAUAUUGAAAACAUCCUAUUCAAGUUAUUUGAGAGGCAGUCGAAUUGGUCACUGAGGCAUCUAAUGCAGGAAACUGAUCAACCAGAGCAAUUCCUGAAGGAGAUAAUGAACGAUCUUUGCGUCUACAACAAGAGAGGACCGAAUCAAGGGACGCAUGAGCUCAAGCCUGAGUACAAGAAGUCUGUUGAGGACACUAGCGCGACCUGA